UAACGUCAUUAUUUAAUAACUCAUCGAUGAUUGGUCCACCCCUAAGGUUAAACUUAAAAGCCCAGGUUACCCGCGGAAAUCUGUACUGUGUGAUCACCGUGACAAUGAAUCUGAGGAGCAGAAGUCAGCUGCUGGGCUGCUUGCUUGCUCUCCGCUUCCUGGCCCUGGUUCUGUGGGCCGUCCAUGGGGCCAAAGCACUGGACAACGGCUUGGCGAUGACGCCUACCAUGGGCUGGCUGCACUGGGAGCGCUUCAUGUGCAACCUUAACUGCCAGGAAGAGCCGGAUUCCUGCAUCAGUGAGCACCUCUUCAUGCAGAUGGCCGAUCUCAUGGUCUCAGAUGGCUGGAAGGAUGCAGGUUAUGAGUACCUCUGCAUUGAUGACUGUUGGAUGGCUCCUCAAAGAGAUUCAAAAGGCAGACUUCAGGCAGACCCUCAGCGUUUUCCUGGUGGAAUCAGCCGCCUUGCUGAUUAUGUCCAUAACAAAGGACUGAAGCUAGGGAUUUAUGCAGAUGUUGGAAAUAAAACCUGUGCAGGCUUCCCUGGAAGUUUUGGAUACUAUGACAUUGAUGCCCAGACCUUUGCUGACUGGGGAGUAGAUCUACUAAAAUUUGAUGGUUGUUACUGUGACAGUGUGGAACAUUUGACAGAUGGUUAUAAGUACAUGUCCAUGGCCCUGAACAGGACUGGCAGAAGCAUUGUGUACUCCUGUGAGUGGCCCCUUUAUGUGUGGCCCUUUCAGAAGCCUGAUUACACAGAAAUCCGACAGUACUGCAAUCACUGGAGAAAUUUUGGGGACAUUUUCGAUUCCUGGCAAAGUGUAAAGAGUAUCUUGGACUGGACAUCUUCUCACCAGAAGGGAAUUGUUGAUGUCGCUGGACCAGGGGGUUGGAAUGACCCAGAUAUGUUAGUGAUUGGCAACUUUGGUCUCAGCUGGGAUCAGCAAAUAACUCAGAUGGCCCUCUGGGCUAUCAUGGCAGCUCCUUUACUCAUGUCUAACGACCUCAGACACAUCAGCCCUCAAGCCAAAGCUCUACUUCAGAAUAAGGAUGUAAUUGCCAUCAACCAGGACCCCUUGGGCAAGCAGGGGUACCAGCUUAGAAAGGAAGACAACAUUGAAGUGUGGGAACGACCUCUCUCAGACUUAGCCUGGGUUGUAGCUAUGAUAAACCUGCAGGAGAUUGGUGGACCUCGCUCUUACACCAUCUCAGUUGCUCCCCUGGGUCGAGGAGUGGCCUGUAAUCCUGCCUGCCUCAUCAUACAGCUCCUCCCUGAGAAAAAGGAGCUUGGGUUCUAUGAAUGGGAUUCAAACUUAAAAACUUGGAUAAAUCCCACAGGUACUGUUUUGCUUCGGCUAGAAAGAACAAGCCAGCGUACAUCAAAACUCUUACUUUAAAAU